AUGGCACUGUUUCAGGACUUGGAGACCCCAAACGGCCACAUGUACCGACAGCCGCUUGGUCUAUUCAUAAACAAUGAGUUUGUUCAAAGUAUCGAGGGGGGAACAAUUCCAUCUAUUGAUCCCGCGACCGAAGAACUGAUUACAUCUGUCCAGUCCGCAUCGGGGCGGGAUGUUGAUGCAGCUGUCAGCGCCGCACAGGAGGCACUGGUUCAUCCUUCCUGGAAGCUCCUCUCCAGUACAGACCGCGGUAAGCUUUUGGCAAAGUUGGCAGACCUGGUUGAAGGGCAAAUGGAGUUACUCGCAUCCAUCGAGGCGUGGGACACUGGCAAACCGUACAGAGUCACUGUGAACGAAGAUAUACCGGAGGCGGUUAGCGUACUCAGAUACUACGCAGGUUGGUGCGACAAGAUACACGGGAAGACCAUCUCCACCACUGUCGACAAGUUUGCCUACACAAUACGGCAGCCUGUUGGUGUUGUGGGCCAGAUAAUACCCUGGAACUAUCCUCUAUCAACGGCGACAUGGAAACUUGCUCCUGCCCUGGCAUGUGGGAACACCAUAGUGCUAAAGGCGUCAGAGCUGACUCCCUUGAGUAUCUUGAUGCUGGGCCAGCUCAUUAAACUAGCCGGUUUCCCACCAGGAGUAGUUAAUCUACUUAAUGGUGUCGGAUCUGAGGCGGGCUCUAGACUUGUUGAACACCCCCAUGUUGACAAGAUAUCUUUCACGGGGUCAACCGCGACUGCAAAGGCUAUAAUGUCUGCUGCGGCGGUGAACCUGAAAAAGAUAACACUUGAAGCUGGGGGGAAAUCUGCACUACUUGUAUUUGAUGAUGCUGACCUUGACCAGGCUGUCAGGUGGUCACAUUUUGGAGUUAUGUCAAACCAAGGCCAAAUAUGCUCAGCGACGUCAAGGAUUCUCGUACAAAGGACCAUAUACAAGAACUUUAUUGAGCGGUUCAUUAAAACUGUGCAAGAAACUUCGAAAGUUGGUGUACAAUGGGAUGAUGCUACCUAUCAGGGACCACAAGCAUCAAAGUCUCAGUACGAUAAAAUUAUAUCAUAUAUCGAGACGGGUCAAGCUGAAGGGGCAACCCUUGUGUUAGGGGGAAAGCCAUGUCUAGUCAAAGGCAAGGGGUAUUUCAUCUCUCCCGCUGUUUUCGCAGACGUAACGGACAGUAUGCGCAUUUACCAAGAAGAAAUUUUCGGCCCGGUUGCCGUGAUUGCAGCGUUCGACAGCGAGGAUGAAGCGAUUACGAAGGCAAACUGCUCCAGCUAUGGUCUGGCGGCUGCUAUAUUUACCAGGGACGUCAAACGGGCUCACCGCCUGUCCGCCGAGGUUGAAGCAGGAACUGUUUGGAUCAACAGUAGCCAGGAUAUAGACUUUAGAGUUCCUUUUGGUGGGGUUAAACAGAGCGGAUUCGGUCGGGAACUUGGCAAGGCGGCGCUUGAGGCAUACAGUCAGAUCAAGGCCGUUCAUGUGAAUAUGGGUGCUGAUAUAUGA